CGUCAACGAAUCGCCGACGCGAGCGGGUGCUCGCCGGCCGCGCAUUUACGAACUCACGCCGGUGGAUAUUGAAGCGGGGACCAGCAAACGUGCCGUUCCCGGUGCGGCGAAAGAAGUACUUUUUUAUUGAAAUCUAAUACAUCGAGCAGUGCCAGGAUAAACCGAGCCUAAUCGAACAAGCGUUGCGCGACAGUGUUAAAGAUUUUAUAGAUUUCCAAUCAACUACAUCAGAUAUUAAUAUAUUUUUUCGUCUGUUGAGCCGAAAAGUGAUUCAAAUAGUGUCAUUCGAGUAACGGAAUAUUAGAAUAUUUUUAUUUGUAAGUGGAACAAUCGUGUGUUCACCGAGAGUAUUAGAACCUUUUUUGCGAGGCUAAGUGUACCAACCAGUGUUUAAGAAAAUAAUGUUAUUUUUUUCAAAAAUAUAUCAAUAUGGUGUUCUAUGAGAACGUGCUCGACUUGAAAAUCUAAAUAUUUCUCGAAACUCGUCAGGAAGAAAAUUGAAAGGCUAUUGCCCAUCUCGAGCGGCGUGACGUAACAUUUCGAAACUGUGUCGCUUUUUAAUGCUGUUAAAAUUUCUGAAAACCAGAGCAUUAUUUUUAAAUACUGUAUACAUUGUCGUUAAAGAAAGAAGAUUCGUUGACAUUGUGCUAUAUUUUUCGAAACGCGUUUCUUUGCGUCAAAUUUUCAAGUAGAGUCAAUUAGAGUGAAAAAUCUCAAACUAAUAAAAGCAUAAUUGUUGAUAAGAAGGCAAGAAGAUAUCGAGAGAAUGAAGCUGAGGGAUCUCGAGACCAAUAACGUUUGAAUUCAAGUUUUCCGAUUCCCAAUCUCAAAAAUACACAUACUCAAUGCCAGAUAUAUCGAACUAAUUGGAAUCUAUGUAAAUUCGACUUGAUUAACCGGCACGUAACGUGCAUUUUACCACUAGUUAAUUAAGCAAACUGACCCGAUAUAUCCGACCAGAAUUAAUCGAACUGCGGCUGUGAAUAUAAUACUUACAAUUAGAUGUUAAUCGGAAUUGAUCGAUUGACGCACUCAGUAGCUAUUGAACGCAAUUAAUUUAUCGGCGUCUAAUGGCUAUUAAUCACGCGCAACGAGCGCAUAAGAAGUAACUGAAACGUCCAUUAAACCGGCCGAUAAUCGGGGCGGAUUGCGCGGGUGUAAUUAAUCAUCGAUCGUCCGGCAACGUUGGGCAACAACUCCCUCAUGGCGAAUUGAGAGCGCGGAGUUUCGUCAUCGCGCGAGUGCCUAAAUACGAAAUCGUUUAUCCGUUACUAUUCUAAUCCUCCGUCCUUGACGGCGCCACGGGGGAAACGUGUGUGUUGCCGCCUGUUGUCUUCUCGGUGGCCGUGGCCGAUUGAUCACGACGGGGGCCACUUGCUUCUACAACCGACACGCCAUCGGACACGCGGCGGAAGAGUUAAGGGGCUCGGCGGUCAAAAAUAAAAGGGAGAACGAUCGAAAAAGAAUCGUCAAGUCGAAGACGAAUAUCGUUCACAGAGCGAUCACGAGACGUACUACGAGCGGGACGCCGAUCUUUGGCUAUUUUCAAGAAUCGAGGAUACAAGUACUCAAAGAUAUUCGCAGGUGCACACAAAAAAAGGUACAUUCGUAUUUCCCCCUAAACCUCGCGGUUAUUUGAAGUUCAAGAGGGUAAUAUCGGACCGAAUUCUCAGAAGGGCCAAGCGGGUCGUCGACCUUCGGACGGCAGAGCUGCGAUUCGAGUGGGUCGUGAGAGAACCUGAAGAGGCGGAAGAAACGUCUAUACCUUUUGAAGAGAGAGAUUUCGCUUAUCGGAAACGUGGCGGUGGUACUCGAGCGGCUAAUUUUAGGCUCUUUCCUGGAAGACGAGGCUCUCGAGGAGGACUUCCAGGUCACUGUAAUGAUCAGCCAUCAUGGCGUGGCCGGCAGCGACGACCCUGACGAGUCUCCUGAUGCUGCUACUUAUGACGAUCGCGGCCAGUUUCUCGCCCAGGAUCAUCGCCACCACCCAGGCGCCCUUCGGCAGGAUUCUCAACGCCGUGAAACUCCACGGAGGGUACAUGGAGGUGAUCCAGGAGCAGAGAUGCUCCCACGGUCUAUUCAGAUUGACGUGCAGAUCGUUGAGAGCGUUCAUCUUUAUUCUGGAAGCGGAAUAUCAUGCGAAUCGCACGGAGCUCUGUCAGAAAGAGUCGAAAAGCUCGGGGGAGCUCAAAAUGUGGAGGAACAAAGGUAGCACGCGACGAUGGACGAACACGAACGAGCUCAAAGGAAACUACAUUCUCGACGACGAGGACAACCAAGCGAAUGUCAUCGAUAUCAGAUCAUCCUUGAAUAAAAGGUGUUCUGGUCAGAAACACUGUCGCUAUGAUGUGUCUAUCGAGCAUCCAGGAGCAUAUUCUUGGAUUCCAGGUGGAAUUUUAUUAAAAUAUGCCUGCAUACCAGAAGCUGCGGUCAGGCGAUACUGCAAUCAGGAGGUGAAGGUGAUCGGCGGUGAAGGCGGCUACAUCAACACCCCGGGUUAUCCGCUGUAUUACAUCGGGGAAACGUGCGGGUGGACCUUCAGGACGUUUCCGGGUCAGAGGAUAGUUCUGACCUUUCACGACUUGAAUAUCCGCGGUCCGAACGCGGACGGGAACUGCGUGGACAUCGUGAGAGUGCGGGAACACGGCAGCACUCUCUUCGAGUUCUGCGGCACCGCCGCCGGUGUGGGAGUCGUCUCGAGCUCGAACGUGUUGACCCUUGACUUCGUCACUUCCAAGAGGUUUUACAACGCCCGAGGCUUUUUGCUGCACUACCAAGUGCUGGGCUGCCCGGAGGUCUCGGUGCCGAACGGAAGUUACGUGUCGAACGGUACAUUGACUUCGCGGACAUUCCUAUGCAAGUCGGGCAGCGUGUUCCCCGACAGCAGGGAGAGAAAAAGGACGCUCGAGUGUAGGAACGGCAAAUGGAACGAGACCGCCGCCAAGUUACCCGGUUGCGUAGCCACGUCAGCGGUGAUCGUGAAAUCGGAGAACGAGCACCAUCAUAUAGCGAGUCUCUCCGGGGAUAACAUUCUAGGGUCGGGGGUGAGAAUAGGACGCGGCGAGGACGCAGUCGCGAGUGGUAGCAUCAGCCCCGUUAUGGAUUCGGCGCAAUCGGCCAUGAUGAAGCAAGCGGACUACGUCGUAGAUGUUGUGCUGCCAACGGUCCUAAUUGCUCUGCUAUUCGUCGGCAAUGCGAUCAUCGUUUAUAUCAUCUUCCAGUUUAGAAAGAGAAAGCUCUCGGCCACGACGCAGGGCGAAGAGAUGGCUCUUCAGGGCCCAACUGACGUACCCAACGUGUGAUUUUAGGGGUCCGGGCUAAUCGCACGCGUGGCCAUCGGUACCGACGAGAAGUCGUCAUCGAUGUCCACGUGAAGUUUGGAGGUCAUCGCGAAGACGUCCCAGCAGGAUCGAUUCCCGAAGGACUCCGAGGUUCUCGCGAUGAUCCCGUGCAAUUUGCUGAAAAGCUGCGCGCUCGAAAAAGCGAGGACAGACGCCUCUUUUCGCUGCAGCGAAGUCGCGUGUGCGCGUGCAUCACGCCGUGCACCUAGCAGCGCAGAACAUGUGGUUACUCGAAUUCGCGAGAUCUUUCCCUCGUGCAGCCGCAUUAAUUUGGAGAAAUGAAAAAAAUUCGAGAUUGGACGACGUUACGCUGAACGCUAAAAAUGCGCGAAGAAUACAGUCGAAACGCUGCACAUUUUUUUCCUCGCACAUUUACCGCUGAGCGUAUCCGAUUGAUUGUCAUUUUCACUUUAACGAAUCCAUCAUUCAAUGCACCGCGCUCGCCAGAAUUUGUUUCAAGAAAUAAUGUUCAAAAAAUACAGCUGCGCGAUUAGAGCAAUUUACGCUGCCAAGAUUAAGGCCCAAUGUCUCAAAGCUGUCUGAAAGCGUUUUAAGUAAACGGACUAUGUUGGUUCAACGCCAUGUAAUUCGCAAGCCUAUUACGCAUAGACCUUAUAAAUAUGGGGUUGGCAAUAGAGGCAAAAUACGUGUCCGUAAUUUCUCUUUUUAAAAGUGUUCAGAAGUACGUUUCAGGCAUGUUGACCCAUAUUAUAUGUAUAUUGAUCCCCUAUUAUCUAUUCUGAUUGAUGCAUACAUUUUCAUUGUGCUUGCAUAGGUUGUGUGAUCAACGCGCCGCACGUUUCACUGAAAUGCGCAAUGUAUAUUUCCGGACACUUUGAGAAAGAGAAACUAUUAAAAAGUACGUUUUCUCUCUUCAAUCUUCUCCGGACGCUGCUUCUUAUACAGAAACUAUAGCACAUUGCCAGUCCAUACUUAUAAGGCUUAUUAUGCAGUUACGUCUUAAUACACGCAUAUUUACGUUACUCUGUAUUAUAAUUGUAAGGAAAUAAUAUAUUCUAUACUUCGUCCAAGAUUGUAGAUAAGUUAAAAAUAAACAAAUGUUUUCGUAAUAACAUUGUUAAAGUUUUCAGACCUGUAAUUUCCAAUAGACAUAAACUUUUAACAGCACAUAUCAUGGGAUGAAGGAUUAGCUCUGCGUCAACCAUUAUUUAUUGGAGUCCAUAGUUCGAUUCUGAAGUCCAUACAUAUUCUUAGUUUAUUAAAAUAAUGAAUGUACAUACUGAUUUUAAAAAUAGCAGGACAGUCAACAGCUAACAAAUUCGCCAGCAACAUGAAAAAUAUUAACACUAUCUUUUAUCUAUCUGAUAUGUGUGAUCUUUUACUGCUGACUCUCAACUUUUAUUUCAAAGAAGUCAAAGGUUUGAUCAAAUUCAGAAGCUCUUCGUAAAUCUUAAAUUUACUAUAUAUAUAUUCUUAUGAAGUUUAUUAAAAUGAUAAAUGUACUAAUUUUAAAAAUACUAAUUUUAAAAAUAGUAAGACGAGGUCAAAAGCUAGCAAAUUCGCCAGCAACAUGAAAAAUAUAGCCAGAAAUUGUGCAAGAGAAAUAAAACAUGUAUGAAUAUAUUUUAUAUAAAUACAUAUUUUAUAUAAACUCA